UUGUGUGCCAUGUUGUCACGUGCCACCAUCUGAAUCGGUCACGUGUUGCUAUUUUAGUUGUAGUACUUUACUACUCUUUCUCGUCGAUCCACAUAUCUGAAGCAUCCUCAGCCGACAUAUCUACUUUCCUCCACGCUAUGUCUCUCUCCAAACGGUUCAUUCGAAAUGGACCGUGGUACAAUCACGAACCAUCUGGUUUGCAUAGCUUAAGGCAUAAGUAACGACCUCAUCGUCCCAAACCAAUGGGUCUAGACCGACCUAAUUCCGGGCUUCGUUUUGGGCCUCCUUACUUCAAAUUUUCGACUAAAGAUGAAAGAAAGCAAGCUAUAGGAACGAGGGGGUGAGAGAAAUAAGAUGUUGAAUACGUGAUGGUGUUGAAGCUUAGGAGUUAAUAUGAUUAUUUUAUAUUUCAAAAUUUGGAAUAGUUAACAACUUUUGAUUGAAACAGAAGAAGACGACUGUAUUAACAUACUAUAAAAAUACAUAGGAGUUAAUACGUGUACUUAAUACAGUAUUUUUACCCAAAUUAAAAAGAAGACCGUGUUAAGAUAACAAGUCAACGUUCUUCGUAUUCAUUGAAUUCUGCUAUUAUUGGGGUUUGAAUGUUUGUACACGUAUCUCUUACUAAUGACUGCAAAUUUUGAAAUCUUCUUAUUUUGGAAUAUGAUCACAAAUUAAAUUUAAUUGUCAAUUAGAAUAUCAAUUUAAUUUGGCUCUACAAAAUAAUGGAACGUAUGAAAAAGUAUAUUUACAUUUGAGUUAUGAUAAAUGUAUAGUGAAAAAAGUCUGAUAACAAAUAACUAAACUACUAAUAGAUAAAAAAAUAUCAAAUUGUAGGCGGUUUAACUAAUCAAACUAAUAAAACUAAAUGCACAAGAACAAAAAAACAUCGAUUUUCCGUUUCUAAAUUUAUUUACAUCAUAUGUAGGCACCACCUUUUGUCCUUCCGACAAGAACACCAAUGUUCCGACAACUAUUUAUCGUCCGCCUUCUCUUUCUACUACCCCUCGCUUCAUCGAGCUCCAACCAUAAAAGAGAACUCAAGAAUCUCCUCAAACUAAAAUCCACAUUUCAAGAAACAGAACCAAACCACGUCUUCGCCACCUGGACUCACCGGAAACCAACUUGUGAGUUCUCCGGAAUCACAUGCAACUCCGGCGGAAACGUCGUCGAGAUCAACCUCGAAAGCCAGAGUCUAAACAACGGAGAUAAUAACAAUACUUCCAAUCUUCCUUUCGACUCAAUCUGCGACUUAAAGUUUCUCGAGAAGCUAGUUCUUGGAAACAACUCCUUAAGCGGCAAGAUUCUCAAGAAUCUCAGGAGCUGUAAGCGUCUGAGAUACUUAGACCUCGGAAACAACAACUUCUCAGGCGAGUUUCCGGCGAUCGAUUCUUUACGGUUACUAGAGUUUUUAAGCUUAAACGCCUCAGGAAUCUCCGGGAGAUUCCCAUGGAAGUCUCUGAAAAGCUUGAAGAGGUUGAGUUUCUUGAGCGUUGGGGAUAACCGGUUCGAUCCUCAUCCAUUUCCAGGAGAGAUCCUAAAUCUCAGAGCUUUGAGUUGGCUUUACAUGAGCAACAUCAGCAUCACCGGUGAGAUUCCAGAGGGAGUCAAGAACCUUGUUCUCUUACAAAACCUUGAGAUCUCUGAUAACAGAAUCUCCGGUGAGAUUCCUAAGGGAAUAGUUCAGCUUAUAAACCUAAAGCGGUUUGAGGUUUACAACAAUUCCUUGAAUGGCAAGUUACCAUUAGGGUUUGGGAAUUUGACGAAUCUGAAGUACUUUGAUGCAUCUAACAACUCAUUAGAAGGUGAUUUGUCAGAGCUAAGGUCCUUAAAGAACCUUGUAUCUCUCGGCUUGUACGAAAACCGACUCACCGGUGUGAUCCCAAGAGAGUUUGGAGAUUUCAAGAGUUUAGCUGCUUUGUCUCUUUACAGAAACAAGCUCACAGGGAAGCUACCGGAGAAACUCGGAUCUUGGACUGGUUUUAGUUACAUAGACGUGUCUGAGAACUUCUUGGAAGGUCACAUCCCUCCUGAUAUGUGCAAGAAAGGCGCAAUGACGCAUCUUCUGAUGUUGCAGAACAGGUUCACAGGACAGUUUCCUGAGAGCUAUGCUGAAUGCACGACUCUGAUACGUAUCCGUGUAAGCAACAACUCUCUCUCUGGUGUGGUUCCUUAUGGGAUUUGGGGUUUGCCUAGACUCCAGCUUCUUGAUCUUGCUUCUAACCGUUUCGAAGGACCUUUAACUGAUGAUAUCGGUAAUGCCAAGUCUCUUGGCUCUUUAGACUUGAGCAGCAAUAGGUUCUCAGGUUCUAUCCCGUCUCAGAUAUCAGGAGCUGACUCGCUGGUGUCGGUUAAUAUUCGUAUGAACAAGUUUUCAGGGCAAGUUCCUGACUCUUUUGGAAAGCUUAAGGAGCUUUCAAGUCUUUAUCUUGACGAGAAUAGCCUAUCCGGUGAUAUACCAGAGUCAUUAGGCUUGUGUGUAUCUUUGGUUUAUCUAAACCUAGCUGGAAACUCACUCUCUGGGAGAAUCCCUGAAAGUUUAGGAUCUUUACGGUUAUUGAACUCUCUUAACCUGUCAGGAAACAGACUAACCGGAUUGAUUCCGGUUGCUUUAUCAACCCUUAAGCUAAGCUUACUUGACUUAUCCAACAAUGAGUUAGCCGGUUCUGUUCCUGAAUCACUCAUAAGUGGGAGAUUUGUAGGAAACUCAGGUCUAUGCAGUUCAAAGAUAUCAUAUCUUCAGCCAUGCACAGGACCUCGAGGUUACAAUGGGACAACAAAACACUUGUCUACACUGGAGAUCUGUUAUAUCACCGCUGCGGUACUUGUUCUGUUUCUUUUAUUCUGUUACGUGAUCUACAAGGUAAAGAAAGGUAGGUCAAAUCGCACGGCUCAGAAGAAGAACGACUGCCUAGUCAGCUCCUUCCGGUUACUAAACUUGAAUGAAAUGGAAGUCAUCGAUGAAAUCAAGCCAGAGAAUCUCAUAGGCAGAGGCGGUCACGGGGAUGUCUACAAAGUAACCCUAAGGAACGGCGAAACCCUAGCUGUUAAGCACAUCUUGGGAACAGAUACUUGUAACCGAGAAUUUGAGGCAGAAGUUGCAACGUUGAGCAAUGUAAAACACAUAAACGUUGUGAAGUUGUUCUGCAGCAUAACGAGUGAGGAUAGUAAGUUACUUGUCUAUGAGUUCAUGACUAAUGGAAGUUUGUGGGAGCAGUUGCACGAGCGGCGUGGUGAUCAAGAGAUUGGUUGGCGUGUGAGACAAGCAAUAGCUUUGGGAGCUGCUAAAGGGUUGGAGUAUCUGCACCAUGGAUUAGACCAGCCUGUGAUACAUCGUGACGUGAAGUCUAGUAAUAUAUUGCUUGAUGAGGAGUGGAGACCAAGGAUUGCUGAUUUUGGAUUGGCUAAAAUCAUUCAGCCUGAUUCGGUUCAACGAGAUGUGUCUUCUUCUAUCGUUGAAGGAACUCUCGGCUACAUUGCCCCCGAAUAUGCAUACACAACUAAAGUGAAUGAGAAGAGCGAUGUUUACAGUUUUGGGGUGGUGCUAAUGGAGUUGGUGACUGGGAAGAAGCCAAUGGAGGUUGAGUUCGGUGAGAACAGAGACAUUGUCUCGUGGGUUUUGAGCAGGAGCAAGGAGAUGGAGAAAGAGAAGAUGAUGGAACUAAUCGACCCGGUCAUAGAAUAUGAAUACAAGGAGGAUGCUCUUAAAGUAUUGACUAUUGGUUUGUUAUGUACUGGCAAGUCUCCUCAGGUUAGACCGUUUAUGAAAUCUGUGGUUCGUAUGCUGGAGACAACAGGGACUUCUUACGACAAAAGCAACGGAGAAGCAAGUCAUGGUGUGAGUGAUAGUGUUGAGAUUACUGAAGGUUUAUAGCUUUUAGAUUGAAUAACCAAAGAAAGAUGGCUUCUUGUUAAUUUUAUACACAAUUCUGAGAAGAAACUCAU